AUAUUCGCGUCCCCUGAAUCUGAAUUUCUUCCUACCCUAUAUAUAUUCGUAUCUACAGAACCCUUCCUCUCCAUUUUUGCCUGUACAAUUUCGGGUUCUAUGUUCAAGAUACAGAGAGCGAAAGUCCAAACGGCGGUGAUUUUUCGAAAUGGACCUGAACUUGAAUUUGUCUCUUGGUUAUAUUCCCAGAACCAUCAGUGACCUUCUCGGGGAAGUUUCAGCUGCAACAGAGACUUCGCUCAAAUUGUCAAAGCUUGAUGAGUACGUGGAAGGAUUGGAAAAUGAAUUGAGAAAGAUCGAAGCUUUUAAGCGGGAGCUUCCUCUCAGUAUGAUCCUCUUAAACGAUGCUAUUACGAGAUUAAAGGAGGAGGCAAUGCAGUGGAGGGAAUUGAAUGAUCGACCGCCUUUGAUGGAGGAGGUUCGGCCAUUGAAAGGUAAAUUGGGUGUCGAUGGAGGGCUAAUUUUGGAAAAGAAGGAUCAGAAGAACUGGAUGAGCUCUGCUCAGCUUUGGAGCAUUAACAUCGACUCUGAUCAGAGAAAACAAGACCCAAUAUCAGAACUCGCACUGAGAAGAGAAGAAAACGAUCGGUUAGGUGCUGGGAAGGUGAGUCAGCUAUGUAAUAAUGGAAGCAAGGGAGGGACGUUUGUGGAUUUUCAAGGGGCUGAGAAGGAUGCUCCUCCACAAGUUCCAGCUCUUUCUCUCAUACCGCCAAUGUCUUCUUCAUAUGUUCGAGUGAAGAUACAAAGUAAACAUCAAGAACCUCAACAGCAGCAACAGACGCAGAGGAAGCAGAGGAGGUCCUGGUCACAGGAACUUCAUCGCCGAUUUGUUGAUGCACUUCAACAACUCGGGGGUUCUCAAGUGGCUACUCCUAAACAGAUAAGGGACCUUAUGCAAGUGGAUGGCUUAACCAAUGAUGAAGUUAAAAGCCAUCUACAAAAAUACCGACUUCAUGUUCGAAAACUUCCAGCUUCUGUAGAGGGUCCUGAAAAUGGCUUAUCAAUGGAACAAAGCCAAUGCAAAGACUACUCAGAAACGAAUGACUCUCCACAGGGUCCCCUCAAUGCAGGUGGCCCUGGCUCUGGCUCUGGAGGAGACAGUAUGGAAGAGGAGGAGGACGAGAGAUCAGAUGGACGAAGUUGAAGAGACAGGUUACACAAAAUGGAAUAAGUUGAUGUACAGUGUGAAGUACUGAUCCCCCAUGAAUUUUGCAGAUACAGAUAUCCAUGGGGAAUCAAAUUGUAAACAUGAAAUACGUCUGACAAAGAGUGAAUUAAGACUGGAGUUUGUUGUUUUUUUUUGAAGCCGUGCUUAACAAACUAGAGAGGUUGUGAGAUUUUUCUGAACAACAUAUAGUAGGUUGCUCUCCAUUGCUCUGAGUUCUAUACACUUCGUCAUCUAUGACAACAUGACAUUGUUGGCUUUAUGUAGUUCUGUUUUGUUUUAAGUAUGGGCCUUGGUUUGCCAAUUUUGUUGAUUGUUUGUUCUGAUGCAAUUGACAGAGUCUCUUUCUGUCAAAGCAUUCGAGUAGAGGAUACAUUUAUAGGGUAUUUGUUCAUGUUC